AAUUCACCCCCCGCUCUGGCCUUCGCCAGCAUUAUCUCCCUCGUCAACGCCCAUGGCUUCGUCACUAGCCCCGAGCCCCGUAUGCCCGGUGAUGCCAUGAAGGCCGCCUGCGGACAGCAGGUCGAGGUCAACCAGCAGUCCGACAACUACGGUAACAUCCAGGGCGAGCUGCAGGUCGCCUCCAGCCAGAGCGACUACAACGCCGAUGAGUGUGAUAUCUGGCUUUGCAAGGGUUACAAGUUCGCCGACAACAAGGAUAACGUCCAAUCCUACACUGCCGGCCAGACCGUCGACUUCAAGGUCGACAUUCGCGCUCCCCCACACUGCGUCAUUGGCAGCCCCCUGAUCUCCUGGGAUGUCUAUGCCUCCACCGCUACUGGUGUCACUGCCAACGAGACCAGCUUCAGCGUCACCAUCCCUGAAGACCUCGGCAGCCAGUGUGGCACCGCCGGCGACUGUGUGCUCCAGUGGUACUGGUAUGCCGAGUCCAUCGACCAGACCUACGAGUCCUGUGUCGACUUCACUCUCGGUGGAUCUGGCUCUAGCUCUGGCAGCUCUGGCAGCUCCAGCUCCAGCUCUGCCGUCGCCAGCGUUGCGACUAGCUCCAGUGUCGCGGCAUCGGAGCCCUCUUCCACCUCUAGCGCCGAGGUCGUUGCUACUUCCGCUCCUGCUGCCGUUCAAACUCCAUCCGCCGUCCCCGUUGCUCAGUCUACCUUCGCCACCAGUGUCCGCCAAUCGGCCACUGCUUCUGCCGAGCCCGAAGUUGCUACCUCUGCUGCUUCCACUGCUAGUGCCGCCAGUGCCGCUUUGCCAUUCCCCACCGACAGCGCCGAGGAUGUGCUGACCUGGAUCGAGGCUCUUGUGGGCAACUUGGUCGGCACCGGCAACUAA